AUAUGAAAAGAGAAAACGGAAAGCCAACAAGUUGAAAACCUUUAUUUUUUUCUUCUCUUUUUUAUCACCAAGUACUGUAUCACUCCCUCAUCAACUAACUUAUCACCUUCCCCACAUUGUGGGGCCUCUACUCUGCCUAUUUGUACUCCCUGCACACCCACUCUCUUCCACAUUGAAGCAGAGUGACUCUGUUUUCCUCCUCCCCCCCUCCAUGGCUCCUCUUCUGUACCUUGCUUUACUUUUCAUGAUUUCUUCAACAAUUUCUCAUGCUCAACCCUCUCCUGGCUACUACCCAAGUUCAGAAAUCAACCCCAUAAGCUUUGGUCAAGGCUUCAGAAACCUCUGGGGUCCUCAGCAUCAGAGACAGGAACAGGGCUCCUUAGCAAUCUGGCUUGAUAGCACCUCAGGAAGUGGAUUCAAGUCUUUGCACCCCUAUCAGUCUGGAUAUUUUGGUGCUGCCAUCAAGCUCCAAUCUGGGUAUACUGCAGGAGUCAUUACAUCAUUCUAUCUUUCCAACAACGAAGAUCACCCUGGGAACCAUGAUGAAAUUGAUAUUGAGUUUCUUGGAACAACUCCCGACAAGCCAUAUACUUUGCAGACAAAUGUAUAUGUCAGAGGAAGUGGGGAUGGAAAUAUCAUUGGAAGGGAGAUCAAAUUUCAUCUCUGGUUUGAUCCAACACGAGAUUUUCACAACUAUGCUAUACUGUGGAAUCCCAGUGAGAUAAUAUUCCUAGUGGAUGAUGUGCCAGUAAGGAGGUAUCCAAGAAAAAGUGAUGCAACAUUUCCAUUAAGGCCAAUGUAUGUGUACGGCUCAAUUUGGGAUGCAUCAACUUGGGCAACUGAGGAUGGAAAAUACAAGGCUGAUUAUCAAUACCAACCCUUCUUCGGUUGGUACACGAAUUUCAAGCUAGGCGGUUGCACCGCCGACGAGGCUGGCUCAUGCCGCCCGCCGUCCGCCUCACCGUCAGGGUCUACCGGACUGAGCCCGCAGCAGAGCGCAGCCAUGGAGUGGGUCCGGAGCAAUUACAUGGUCUACAACUACUGUCAGGAUCCAAAGAGAGACCACACCUUCACGCCAGAGUGCUAGCUAGUGCUAGCUAGUGUCACUAGCUAGUAAUUAUAUUGUUAUAUUAAGGUUGUUUAAAUUUGUGAUCAAACAGUUAUUUUAGUUGUGAGCAGUUUGGUUUUGGGGGUCUUGAGAUGGGUCCCGCUUGCUAAAAAUAGUUGCAAGAGUUGUUGAGCGUCCAAGCACCCAAAGACUAUUGGAGGGUUUAUUUUUCAGUUUUUAUAUUUAAGUAAAAAUAUGAAAAGAAUAAAGAAAAGAUUGAGGUUUGUUGUUAA